UGCGAUAGUAUCACCACCCCUGCUGACAUAUUUAUAUCUACCCUGUUGUCUUCAGUCUACGUACGCACGCCAUUAAAUAGCAACUAUUCCUCCCCCCAAGUUGUUAUUUGCCCUAACCCUUUAUAUACACUCAGAACGAGCAGACCUUGGAGAAAAUGUCUCGAGGCCCAUACGACCCUCGUUUGUUCUUCAGCAUUGACAAUAUUCGGGCGUUCCACAUUCAAAAUGGAGAGGAAUCAGAACUCACCACAUCGGGUCCCCAGACCCUUUCCCUCUUGAUGGUCCCGACUUCCUGUCCCUCUACAGAUCCUGAAUUAGCCUCACAGCCACCAGAAGAUGACUUUUACCUCCACCUCCACCUCCCACCGGAGUUGGAUCUGCCCUUGCCCGCAACGACCCAGAUAUACCACCAGCCACCAAACAGCUACCUCAUUCCACGCUGGGACCUAGGCCCAAACGCAGGCGCAUUCACGCGGAUCCAAUUCCCGUCAAUUGGCAGUGGCCCAGGGAAGGUGUCUCAGGAAGAUGUGGAUACCUUCGAAACCAUUCUCGCCCAAUGUACCGCAUUUCUCGAGCGAUCUCCGCCCCCUAAGUUCGCUCCGUAUAACCCUGCCACCUAUGCUCCUGGAGAAGGAUAUGUCGGGUCUGGCGGUGAAAAACAGCCUGCGAAACGCCAACCUGGCCAAAUUGUCCUCAUCGAUGAGGAGAACGGAAGUGUUGUUGGUGAGCUGACGGAUAGUUUCAACAUCGUGGAAGAUGCAGAUGUGAAACAUGGUUCAAAGAGUAUUGUGACCCAUCCCAUAUAUAUCAUCGACAUAUCCCAGCUGCUCCCAACCGAAGGGCAAGGAAACAAUAUAUCUGUCCAUAAUGUCUCUGACGAAUAUCUGCAAACAGCAAGGCAUCCUGCCUAUGCGAAAUCUACCAUUGUUCAGACGUCUGCAACAGCCUCGCGGCUUCUGGUUGCUGGUUCCGCAUAUAUUGCCAAGUCCAUACAGUCAGGAGCAAAUACCUUCACCCAGAAAACGAAACCAAAUUCCAAGCCCAUGACAUUUACCCCUACAGCGCAAGCACGUAUGAGGAGAAUCAAUACAUUUUCAAGCAACGCUGCUGGGUUGUCAUCCAAAACCGUCAAUAAGGUUACCAAGGUUGCUCAAAACUUCGGCGCCACUAUUGCAGGCAAGAAAGAUUUAGAUUCUGGGCCCAGAGGUUUCGACGAGAACGGCCGACCGAUAUACCACUCCAAGCCCGGGAUUUUGAACAAAUCUUUGAUCGCCUUCUCGACGAUUGCAGAUGGCAUUGACCAAGGUGCCAAACAGCUUCUCCACUCAGGACAGCUCGCUGCGACUACGGUAGUCGGCCACCGCUACGGCCCAGACGCGGCAAAGUUCACGUCGGAGCUCACUGGUGGCGUCAAAAACGUUGGUCUGGUGUACAUCGACGCGGCGGGAGUGUCUCGCAAAGCAGUCCUCAAAUCUGUUGCGAAAGGAAUGGUUGUUGGGCGCAUGAAAGAUGGACAGCAGAUUGUCGUUAGCGACGGCGAUGCGCCCUCUGUGAAAUAUCCCGGCAUUCCGGGGCAAAAACCUCCGCCGUUCAUGAGAUCCGGGACCAGCCAGAGUCUUUCUGGGCUUACCCCUGGAAACGCUUAUCUUCCUCGCGGUUCGUCUCCGUCUCCUACUCCGCCGCCUGCCUAUGGCUCGCAGAGCGGGCGAUCCCUUGGCGGGACUACGUUGCGAAAUGGCAAAUAG